CCCUAGUACCUGAGGCUGUCUGGUCAGUGGCGAGAGUAGUGGAUAGAGUUGUGUUAUCUUCUUCUGGAAGGUCUUCAAGAGAGAAGAAUUAACAUGUCAUCCAUAAUCAGAAAGGUGAUCAGCACCACAAAAGCCCCGGCGGCCAUUGGUGCCUACAGCCAAGCCGUGCUAGUGGACAGGACCGUUUACGUUUCUGGACAGUUAGGCAUAGAUCCUUCCACUGGACAGCUUGUGCCAGGAGGUGCAGGGGAAGAAGCUAAACAGGCUCUUAAAAACUUGGGUGAAAUCCUGAAGGCUGCAGGCUGCGACUUCACUAAUGUGGUGAAGACAACUGUUCUUCUGGCUGACAUAAAUGACUUUUCCACUAUCAAUGAGAUCUACAAAAUGCAUUUCCAGGGUAACCUUCCUGCCAGGGCUGCUUACCAAGUCGCCGCCUUACCCAGAGGAGGCCGGAUUGAAAUUGAAGCAGUCGCUGUCCAGGGCCCCUUCACCACAGCAGGGCUCUAAGUAACCAUGCUGAUCUUGACGCUGGAGCUUUUAGAAUGUCUUUCACACCUUAAUUUUUACAAAGGAUGCUGGGAAAUAGAAAACUGACCAGAGUGGCUGCAGUUGUCAUGGAAAUAACCAUCUCCAUGGAGAUUUGACAUCGGUUGGAGAGCAUCCAGUACAGUCACUGGUGUGCUCAGGACACAUGCACACACACACCGCUGAGUGUGUGAGAAGACUCGGCUCAGUCACUCAAAGGGGGAGAGGGAGGGGAAAGUGAGCACACCUGAUUAAAUUAUAUUAAUUUGCUCAUGUGAAAUCUCUCAUGUUAGUGAUAGAAAACUAAAUUAAAGUACUCAAACUUGAAUAGUACAGAAGAAGAAAAUGGACCAAAAUCUUAUACAGAUAAUAUUUCUUUAAUGGAAAUAAAAAUAGAUGUAUAACUUUC